UAGAGAUGGACUUGAGUGAUGAAGUGAAGGGCGAAAUAGUUCCAAGCUAUAAACGUUGUUGUUAAGUAGUGAUAGGCCGCUAAUCUUGUAUUACUCCGCUUUGAUUGGAACCAGCAAUGUUGGCUGUCGUCUAAAAUUUACCCAAGUUUAAGGACCAACCAAUGAAACUGAUAAUCUUUGGGAUUAUCUUGAAUUAACAUUAUCAUAAAGCAAAGCAAGAAUCUUGUUGAAUGUUCUCUGCUUAGAGACAAUGGACAGCACUGGAUUACAACACCUUGAUUGGGUUAAUUACCACCACAUAUCGAGAAAUCCUGAUACCAUGAAACCUUUACCAAAUCAAUCUACCGUUUCUUCUCUCUAUUCCUCCAAUCAGGAAAAUCUCCAUUUAAACAACACCAUCAAGGAUUAUUCUGAUGGGAAUGAACUUGACCAACAAAACCUUAACAUACUGCAAUCUGACGAGAAUUCCUGUGACAGACUUGAAAACAACACAACUUUAACCAAUGACGGUGAUAACGACUUGUGGGACUCAAAUUCCGGAUUCCAACAACUGAAGAGGAAUUCCUACAACAACAACAUCACUUCGGAAGAUUUCCCAAGAAUCGUUUCUGCCAAUUGCGACGGCGCAUUCGACGAAGAAGACCUGCAACAACUGUCUGACCUCACCAAACCUACAGACCUGAAGUAUGACUUGUCGUGCCUCCACCUCUCGGACAGAGGCUCCCAGUUCAGGCGUAUCAGAGAUGCCGAGUGUGAGUCUGUGUCAUCUGAUUAUUCUGAAGUCGUUGGGCCGCUCCGAGAUCUUGCCGACAACGAAAUAGAGAUCUUUAAUUCCAGUGAUUUAGAGGAAACCAUUAUUAGCGAGAAAUGUAACAGCUUCAGUACGAGGUCUGAGACUCUGCAACAAAAUCCUGAUGAAACUGACGAAGAAUUCCACAAAAGAGUGAAGAAGGUGAACUUUCUGAGUUUGGCUCAAGAAUUCGCCGAGCUGAAGAAAAUCGAUGCUGAUGUUCUGCCGUUUGAUCUCCAUAAGACUGAUUUCUCUGACUACAGCCCGAUGAGCGAAGAAAGCUCCUUCACCGAAUCCACUAUGACCUCUCCGGCCGAUUUGGCAGAAACACCAACAGACUCUUACGAUUUUGUGAGGGAUGAAAAUUCAAACGAACUCGACAACGUCGACUGCUGCGACACAGAAGGUUUGCAGGGCGGCGGCCGUCUUUAUAAAACCGAUUCUGCUGCCAACUCGUAUAAACCUAAUUUCAAUGAGAUGAAUAACCUGGACGUUGAUGUUGUGGCAAACUCAAAACAUGGCAAACCGAAUUUUGCAUCAUGGGAAAAUAAGCAAAAGAAAAACGGUGAAGUAAAGACUGAUUCCACUGGCGCUCAAGAUUGUGAAAUAUAUGACAUUGAGGAUACUUUGCCAAAAAUGGACUGGGAGACGCUUGAGCAACAGUUAGCUCUGGUGGUCGAAGAAAAGUCACACUGCAAUGAUCGGGAAGAAAUUCGUCGUAAGUUGGCCAUGGGAGGGGACGAAGACCUCUACAACACCGACCGUCUCUACAAGAAAGCCAACGCGCAGUCGCGUUAUUCGACUGGGAUGAAUCUGCAACUAUGCUUUAUGAGCGAGAAAGCCCCUACCGCCAAUCCUGGCGAAGCCGAUGUUGGUCCAACAGAACCAGCAUCUGCCUCCAUCGAAAAUGUGGCUACCCAACAAAAGUUGCCCAGUUCAUCGAGUUACAGGAAUUUCUCCGAUCUGAAGUCCAACUGGUCCAGGCAUCUCAGGGACCACAACAUGCAGCAAGUUGCUCCCCCAAAACCUCCCAGGAAGAAAGUGGAUGCCGAGAGCGAAGAAGAAGACUUCUUCAAAAAACAGGCCCAGUUACAAGAAGAGGCCAAAUUAGCUCUUGCUCAGGCAAGCACCAUGGCACACAUGCAGUUGGAAGUUGAAAAACAAAUGAAGAAAAAGUCGCCCAUUGCUGAAAUGGUUGGGAUACCAGGAUUUGGUGAUGGACGACAGAAACGACUGGAGCGGAAACUCCUUCUGGACAUGAAUGUUGCUCAGUUACAAGUCAUCGUUAAUGACUUACUUUCUCAAAUUAAAAGUCUCAAUGAAGAUUUGGUUCAGAUGUUAUUAGACAGAGAUGACCUUCACAUGGAACAGGAUUCAAUGCUGGUCGAUAUUGAAGACCUGACACGGAGAACCCAAGAAUUUGCCAAAAAAAUUAACUCCAAACAGAAAAAAGACAAGAAGAAAUAGAAUCCUGUUUGUACCAAAGUUUUGGGACUCAACGUAAGAAAAUAAGCAAGAAAUGGAGAGAGAAAGGGAGUGAGAGAGAGAGAGAGAGAGAGUGAGAGAGAGAGAGAGAGAGAAAGACAAGAAGAAGAAGAAAAAGAAGGCAAAAAAAAACAAGAUAUAAAAAAACUGGAUUGAUUUAUGAAUUGAUUACAAGAAAAAA